AUGUCAUCGACUACAAAAUCAAACCCACGUGUCGGCGUGGCCGCGGUGAUCCGAGGCCCGGAUGGACGCGUCAUUUUGGGACGGCGCAUGGGCAGCCAUGGAGCAGGGCAAUGGGCUUUUCCUGGGGGCCACCUUGAGAACGGUGAAAGCCUACUCGAGUGUGCUGAGCGAGAGACAUUGGAGGAGACAGGGCUCAGUGUGAAGGGAGUAAAGAUCGCGAACGUCACCAAUGAUGUUUUCACAGAGCUGGGUACACACUAUGUCACCUUGUUUGUCCUGUGUGAGUUGUCUGAUCCACAACAACAACCUCAGCUCCUAGAGCCAGAUAAGUGCGAGGGGUGGGUCUGGGUGCACCUCGACGACCUUCACCAAUACAAAACGGAAGAACUUUUCUUGCCAAUUCAGAACCUUCUGAAACAGUCGCCCAACCUGGAUCACCUGUUCCCAGGGCUCCCAUCAACAUCUUGA